UCAAGGGAUAAAGUCUUAUUUUCAAACGUUCUAUAGAAUUAUAAUUUUGGAAAUACCAACUAUUAUUUCGGGCGUCCCGAAUCCUAGCAGUUACCACAAUUCUACUUGGACCCGUAGGCGGAUACUAUAACUUGCGCUGCCGAUCUACGAACCAGGAUGGAUCUUAUUAUCUUAGUAACACUGUAAUUUCACAAAAGUAAAACUCCUGAGGGACCACACUACUACACAAGCCACGCGCCAACACAAAAUUACGACACAUAAGUACAAUAUACAUUUUAAUUUUAAGAUUUAUAUUAUCAUAACAAUACUAUAGAACAAACUUGUUUCUUCCUACGUAAAAAAUAAAUUAAUUUAAUGCCUAAUAUUUCGAAAGAGAGAGAAGAGGUUGUAAAAAAACAAACCGAAAGCGAACAAAUCUCUCAAGCAAAUUCUCUGUCCUUAAGACCUAUAAUUACCCCUUCACAUCCGACCAUGAAUUCUAGGACCAAUUCCUCACCUUCUCACCCCAACAACGCGGUUGUCAAUCCUGCCGAAUUGUUCUCUUCAAUGAGGAUUCCGGAUCCAAUCCGUUUCUUACCUCCGUAUUCAGGGGACCCGUUCACUCUGAACGAGUUCAUCACUAAUGUAGAAGAGAUAAUAUUAAUGAUCAGAGGCACGGACCAAACACCGUAUGGCCGAAUGUUACUUAGAGCAAUCAGGCAAAAGAUAGAAGGAAAGGCGAACGCGGUAGUUAUUGCGUCAGGAGCCGGACUUAUUUGGGACGAGAUUAGGGACGCCUUAAUCAGACACUGUAGGGAUAGAAGAGACGAAGAAACAUUAAUGACGGAGUUAUAUAAUUUAAGACGAAAACAGUUGUCUUUGCAAAGAUCUUAUGACCAAAUCUCUAAAAUCAAAUUAGCACUGUUCACAAUAAUCCAAACCGAAGAAACUGAACCAGUGGCAAUUAGAGUCAGACAAAAAAUUGUAUCUCAAACUUGCUUGACGACAUUCCUUGCGGGACUGAGGGGAAAUCUAGGCGCCAAAGUCCGAGCCUUCAGACCGGCAGGGCUAGAGGAAGCCUACGAAAGAGCAAUUAAAGAACGAAAUUUGUAUUUUACUGAAAAAGCCACACAGUUGGCACAAAAUAAGCAACCAAGCAGGCGAGCCGACCGUUUCAGGACAAACCAAAGCCAAUAUCAAAACAGAGGGUAUAACCAGUAUCAAGACAGAGACUAUAAUAGAUACCACAUAUUUUCAAUAGACAGAUCAAUUAUAACACAGAACACGACUACCUACAAAAACGAACGAAAGAAAAAAUUAAUUAAAGAAUUAAAAAAUUAAAUGAACACAGAACCCAACCAACCUCAGUUAAUCCAGACGAUAUAAUAUACAUGAAAGGAAACUGAAGAAAUCAAAUAACCCCUCCUUUCUCAAAACACAGAGUUUUAAAGGACAACAAAAUUACACUAAUUUCAACAAGAACCCAAAAAUUACAUAAAGCCAAAAUCAAAAAUAAAAUUAAAACGAACCCAAUACCCAUUGGUCUUACAGAUUCACGCUUAUCGCAGACCAAGACUUUAAAGACCAACAAUUAGGAAACGACACCCCUUUGCUUAAGAUAAAUUUAGGUCAAGAGAAGAUCGUACAAUCAUAUAAAUAUCUCACACACAUAAUUAACUUGCAAGACUUUUUAGAUAUUGUGGUAAAUUUCGAAAGAGCAAUUAAUAAGGGAAAUGAUAACGUAACUUCAACCACUAAAAAAACAGAGUAGAAAUGUUGUUACCCAAGAAAAGACAGAGACGUGGACUAUUAAGGUAGGGACAGGGAACUUAGACGAAUAAAUAAUUAAAAACAACUACAGAAAAUCAAAAAGAAAUAACAUUGAAGACUAACAUGCAGGAAGUAUUUAAUAAUGAUAUUCAGGGCAGAUUUCAGAAUAUUACAGAACACAUCAACAAGGAACAACAGAUAAUUAACCUCUUCUUGAAGAACUCCAAAAGGCUAUUUUUAAAACUAUAAUAUAAAUUCGGAACACCAAAUAUAACAUACAAUUCAAUAUAUAUCUAGAAUUAAUAUGAAUAUAGAUGUAUUAUAAAACUAUUUAAGUAAUAUCGAAGAAAGUUUGUUAUUAGCCAAAUUAAAAAUCGUACCAACCUUCAUUGUAUCCGAACAAGAAUUAACUAGACAAGAAAUAAACGAUUCAGAUCUACUUAAUUUGUCAGACGAACACAUAUUCGAAAUAUUAAAACUAGACACAUUUCUGAUCGGAACUAAGAUAAAUUUUAGAAUAAGGAUAUCUACUUUUAAACAAGACAUUAUUAGACAUUAUUCCUUUACCCAUAAACGAACCUAAAUUCAUAAUAUAACCUAAUUAUAUGGCAUAUCUUAAUUCGAAAGAAGUAUACUAUUUCACGAACAAAUGUAAUAGAGCAGUAUUUCCCUAAUUUUUGGUGGGUACUAAUUGCCAUAUAGAUCUUGAAAUUUUGUGUGUAGAUGGGUCGCGGUCCCGACAAGUUUGGGAAACACUGUAAUAGAGUUUACAAAUAUUUCAUAUGUGAAAAUUCGAUUUAAACCCAAGAUAACGUUAAUACUGAAUGUUUAGCUAGUAUACUCUCGUUAAACACUACCAAAUGUAAAGUCAGAGACACAGCACACAUAUUAAUUUUAAACACAAUUAACACUACCAUCGAAUCUAAUUGUACUUUCAAUAAUUGUGAGGGAUACAUUAACCAAAUUCCCUACGAUAAAGAUAUGUGAAAAUUCGAAGAAAAAAUAGAAGCUACCAUCCCUAUCAUUCAAAAUAUCAACUUUACUGAAAACAUUUAUGACAUUAACUUACACAAAAUGAAUCUAAGAUAAAUCAACGCUACCAACUCAAUUAUCUACUGGAAAAAGUUUACAACUACUAAUUUUAGAGCUAUAUAUUUAAUACUAUUAGUUGGAAUUUAGCAACACUUCUUUUGAUCAGCACAAAGAGAAAAAUUGUAUUCGCUACUAUACCGGAUCCGAGUUUCGGGACAUCCACUCCUUCGUUAUGGCCAUCACUUCAAUCCAGGAGGGGAGGAGUUACCGACCAGUCGGAAGGCAACGAGCCUGUGGCCAAACCACCCAGAGCUGCCCUAGGAAUGGUACACUGACUAGUGGCCACACAUAUACACUUAUGUAUGCAACUAUGUUGCAAUCUAUAAACAUAGCCCAAGUCAGUCAACGACCCACUGGAAUCGUUGCCCAACCCAUGUAAUGCUGACACUGCAACAGGAUGCCCAAAACCACUCGAAAUCGUUGAACCACUUCGCCACAGAAAGUUGACACGAUCAGCCACUUCAACAGAGUUAUGCAUAAACACUUUUAUUUCACUUUGUAUUAAUGUAUAAGCAUUUAUGUACUAGUAUAUAAGAAUGUACUCAAUAUACGAAUGAGUCUAGAAAAUAAA